AUGACUGUGGUGUCGGUUGACACGAAGAAUGGAUACAUUGAGACUGAUAACGACCGUCUCAUCAUGGUUAUCUUGCUCAUUUUUCUUCCGCCAUUGGCUGUUUUCUUCAAAUCCCGUGGAUGCACCAGCUACGUUUGUCUAAACAUUCUUCUUUACAUUUUCCUGAUUCUACCUUCUUACUGUCAUGCCGUGUGGUUCUGUUUCAUUAGAGGAAGAGAACAUGAAGUGAGAGCAGAACUCACAAAUCGCAUCUAA